UCAGUCUGAUUAAGAUAAUCUACACAAGCCAUGGAUCAUAACAUGCCAGGAAUGGGAGGAGAAAUGUCACCACCAUCGCCUAUGAAUAGUCCUGCGCAAAAUCACAUGGACAAUAUGGGAAUGACACACAUGACCUUUUUAUGGAGCAAAAAUGCCGAAAUUCUUUUCUCAGGCUGGCCGGGAACGCGCACGGGCAUGUACGUCCUCGCCCUCAUCUUAGCCUUCGUGCUCUCUGUCCUUGUGGAAUGGCUCCCUCACUGUAACUACUUUAAAAAUGGCGAGGCGAAAAAUGUUUUUGGUCGAACCCUCGUACAUGGUUUAAGAGUAACCCUUGCUUAUCUUGUCAUGCUUGCUCUUAUGUCUUUUAACGUCGGUGUUUUCAUAGUUGUCGUGGUCGGGCAUGUUUUUGGGUUUUUCCUAUUUGGCAGUAGGGUUUCCAAGAAAACUCCUACGGCUAAUAAUUCCGCGAAUGUGGCCUGCUAAGUUUGAUUGAUCUUUGGGUAAGCUGAUGGCAGAGGCGGAUAUGGAAUUUUGAACAUUAUGGGUUCAAGUUGAUCGAGGUUCCACCAUAUGUCAUUUAAUUUGAUUUACGCGGUUCGAAACUUAUAAAGAUUUGUACUUGUUUUGUUUGGAAAUAAUAUUUAAACAUAUGUACUAAUGGUCAUAGCAGGUGAUUAACAUGUACUAGUGCACUAGUUUGAGUUUCCUGUAGAUAAAUGUAUUUAAUUCGGUUAUAAGUGAUACUGUAAAUGAUUAUGUUUUUUUCACA